AUGAACAACUAUAACUCGUUUCUUCCAUCGACAGUGAUUCGAGACUAUGGGUAUGCAAGUCUGAAUCCAUUGUAUUGCGGGGAUUUUGCCCAUGCGCCUCGUUUAGACUCCGAUUCUGAAGAUGAUAUGGUAGAUCGAAGGAGACACGACGAUGAAUAUUUCCACCUGAGUGAAGGCGAGGAGGCAGACGAUGAUGAUGAUGACGAUGACUACGAUUAUGAUGACUAUGACGAUAUUAGCAAUGAGGCGGGGCCACGAGAUGAGAUCAAUCGUAAAGCCCGAGCUUUGUUUGAUUUUGUGCCCGAGAAUGAUAACGAGGUGAGUUUAACGGAAGGACAAAUCAUAUGGAUCAGCUAUCGUCACGGACAGGGUUGGCUAGUAGCGGAAGACCCAGAAACUGGAGAGAAUGGAUUGGUUCCGGAGGAGUACGUGGAGAUAUUUCAUAAAGAAAUUGGUGUAGAAGAUGAAGCUAAACCGUUCUUGCCCGAGAUAUUACGUCAGGAGAAAGGAUAUACUAGCGAUAGUAGUGAAUGGGUGGAUACUGAUGAUGGAGAAGACAAGAAACAACAACAACAACAACAAGAAGAAGAAGAAGAAGCGAUGGUGGGGGUGACUGACAAGAUCAAUACGGUUACGAUAUGA